GACGAGGACCCCAUCUACGUCAACGCAAAGCAGUACCACCGCAUCAUGAAGCGCCGCGAGGCCCGUGCCCGUCUGGCCGCCGAGCACAAGCUCAACGCCAAGCGGAAGCCGUAUCUGCACGAGUCGCGCCAUCGCCACGCCAUGCGUCGCCCGCGCGGUCCUGGCGGCCGCUUCCUGACUGCUGCCGAAAUCGCUGAGCUCGAAAAGAGC